AUGGAGUUAUGUAAAUCUGGCGGAGCUGCUGGCUUAUCUGGAUCAUUCACCUUCGAUGAAGGCAAAGAGAUUGCAGCAUUUGCGGCCAGUAAAUCUAAAACGGAACCAGCUGGCUCAUACUCUCAAAUGAACUUCUGGAUAGACGGUAAUCGAACCGCAUUGAAUGAAUUCUCACUAAACGACGACACCCUCAAUGGCACCACAGGAUACAAGUGGGCAGAGGCGCCAGGAGCCGUACCACUAUCCAGUUCAUGUGUUUUUCUGGGAACACAGCGCGAGUUUAUUGGGUUAGUGUAUAUACAUCAAUGCACCAUCACCUCAUCUCCUGGACUAUUCUGUCAACGUGGGGCUAUUUGUCGUACCGAACCUCUUUUAUUUCAUUGA